GAGCCUGUGGUAGAUUACAUACAUGGACCUCCACUGGGGUCUUUCAUGAAUGUUUUUGCCUCAGGAUUAUUUGGUUUGGAUUUUUUAAGAAACUAUGACAGAUUUCUGGAAAAUGACUACUAUUCUGACAGUGAUGAUUAUUUUUCUGAUCAUCAUGAUCAUCAUCUUUGGAGGAAUUUCGAGCCACAUCCACGGAUAAGACAGCUCACUGAAGAGGAGGCUGAAAAAAAUGCAAAAGAAUUGAUAGAAGAAGAAGAACGAAGUAAGGAGAAAAGUGACAGGAACCGGCGUAAAAAAAUGCGUCAAAAGGAAAGAAAACGGUUGGAAAAGGAGAAUGCGGCUAAAAGCGUUUUACCUGAAAAACACGGUAAAUCUGACUCUUUGGAAAAUGAAGAAGAUAAUAUUCUUAUAAAUACUACCUCAAAAGCAAAUGAGUGUGCUCUUCGUCAGUUUGGAAAAACAGAAAAUGUGGUUCCUGGAGGUGACAUCAGAAGUGGCACUUCUAAAAACGGUACUCUGGUGUGUAACAAAGAAGAGAAGCAAAAGGAUUUAAAUUUAGAGAAAUUAUAUGCUUCUACUACAUCAGUGGGGGCGGAGACGCUCAUUCAUACACCGGCAACAGAGAGAAAACAGAAGAAAAAUAAAUCUCUGAAUGUUCAGCAGCCCAGAAGUGAAAAUCCUAAAGUUCUGCAGAAACCUGAAUUACAAAAGAAGGAAGAGAAAUGCAGUCCAAUUAUGGAGCAACCAAUGGACUCCAAUGCAGAAGAAUUUGCCAUACGAAGUAGAGAACUUGCUGGUAUUGGAAAUUGGUUGGCUGGCACUGGACAUUAUGAAACUGCAGUGAAAUGUUUUACUGAUGCCAUUAAAUAUAACCCAAAGGAAUUCAAGUUAUUUGGAAAUCGGUCAUUGUGUUAUGAAAGAAUGCAGCAGUAUGAAAAUGCUCUGAGGGAUGCUGACCUCGCACUGUCAGUGGAGCCAAAAUGGAUAAAAGGUUUAUUUAGGAAAGGCAAAGCUCUCUGUGGACUCCAGAGAUAUUAUGAGGCUUCUUUGAUUUACAAGGAGGUGUUGAAGCUUGACAGUGCAACUACUGAAGCCACAGAGGAGCUCAAACGGGCACAGACCCUGCACCUAAUGGAAAUGGGAUUCACCUUUGAGCAAAGCACAGAGGCAUUAAAAACCCAUGCAACUUUAGAGGAAGCUAUUGACUCUCUCUUUGGGGUUGAUGAUAAUCCUGGUCCUGGAACUGGAAGGGAUACUAUAGACCAACCAGGGAUGCAGCUGAACGGUGAUAACAGUGAGGAGGGAGAGUGGGUUGUCCGACAAAAAAAACAUUCUACAGUGCAGCGUGUCAGAGGGUCCAAUAGUUUGGGCCAAAUUGGUUCAAAAUCUCAGUUACCAACCCCAGUGUUGAGGAAUACUGUCAAGCCGGACCUUUUCCCUGUUUGGGUUGGAUUUUUGGCACCAGCUGUCACCUAUGGAAUGCUGCAUGAACUCUUCAGCAGAACUGGGACUGUCUACAGUAUCAAGAUGCUGCUGGAACAUCAGUGUGCCUUUGUUAACUACACCAGGAAGGAAGACUGUGACAGAGCCAUCCAGUGUUUAAAUGGAAUGGUGGUAGAGGGGGCUCCUCUGUCGGUGCGAUAUCCCAAUAAAAUCCACUUUGAUCUGGGUGCUUCCAAACUAGCACUCACUGACCCCUGUAUACGUCCUAACAUGUACAAAAAGGAGUGCUUUUUCUGGAGGACCACUGGCUGCACCAGACCGGAUUGCACCUUCAGACAUAUCCCAGAGCACAAGAAUAUUGACAAGGAUAAAUUCAUUGCUCGGUCGGCAUUUCAUUAUCAGUAGUAUUUCCAAA